UUGAAUAUUUUGGCGCCUCCACAAAGCUCAAAACCCUUCGUCUCUAAUAUUUUUCCUUCUUCUCCAAAACCUCGCUCUCUCCCACUUCACCUCCUGCAAAUCCAUGGCUUCGCCUUCCGGAGCCGAAUCUCCACAAUCCGCCACAUCCUUGCGGUCGCGAUGCUACUUUAUUUCUCACUCAGCCUUCGCUUCGUCGAGUACGGCUUUCACGUCUCGACCGUCCUCCACGAAGCCUGUAGCAAUGUCUAGAAAAUCUUCGCCGGCUGCGGUGUUGACAGCGUCCACGGUAUCUUCGUUGAGAUUUCAGAUUGAUCAGAGAUCGGCAUCUCCCAGUCGUUCGAUUUCGGUUCAGAAGAAUCGCGACAGUAAUGCGAAUGCGGUUCCGUCGAACAAGAGAAAAGUGUGUGUGUGUUCUCCGACGAAACACCCUGGCUCCUUCAGGUGUUCUCUUCACAAGAAUUCGACGCAUUCUGUAGAUGUCUCGAAUGGUAGCCAAUUACGGAACGGAUCGUUGAAUGUUCGGAGAUCGGCAAUGACGAAUUCGCUAGUGAGAAUUGGAUGCGUAGAAGGUGCUGACCUCGUGAAAAGAGCUUUAUCGGCUUUAAUUAGGCCUUCUUCACAUCAACAGCGACGGCCAUCAGCUUUUCAGCGUAGACCUAGCCGUCUAUCACUAAUGUCAAAAGCAGAGGAAGAGGAGGACUAGAGGCACGUCCUCCAACCCUAAUCAUUCAUUGUGAACUGAUUUAUUGUUUUGUUUUUGUCCAGAGAAACGAUAACUCCAUUACGAAUUCUGUUUUCAUGAUACGAUUCACAAAGUUAGUGAAGAAUUGGAGAUGGAUAACAAUUAUGGAGUCUAGAGCUGUGAAGAUGAAGUCGUUAGUAUUAUCAAAUUUGUUUAUGAUUCUUAUAUUAGAAAAGAUUUUGUUUCUGAG